CAGUUGUUAUCUGCAAAUUUUUAUUAUUUACUCUAUUCUACUCUAUUUACUCUACAUUACUUUGCCACUGUGCCAGAGUGUUAGUGUGACUGCUAUUAAUUAAUCUGAAAACGACUGUUGGUGCUUAUAUUUUCGAUUUAAUUAUUAUUAGUUUAUAAAUUAUGUUUAUACCUAUAACAUAUUUCAAUAUUGUUUCAAGCUGUUUGUAAUUAGAUUAAUUAGUCAUCCGUCCAUCCGUCAAUGCAUCACACACUGAGUGGGCUCACAAUGAAUCAUCUAUGAUUGGGUUUUUGCAAAAACAUAACAUAAUAUGUGAAGCAUAAGCAUACCUAUAUGUAUAGAUUGUGUUACUUUAUAGGUAUCUACUUAGGAUCAACAUUAUCAUUAUUUACUUGUAAGCAAAAUCUUUUCCAUAAUAUUGUUUUCAUUGAGUCAUUGCAUAAGUGAUAACAAUCAUUUACUUUUCUUACUACAUUUUACAAAGUAUGAAAAGUUCUUGUAAUCUAGUUGGCUAGGCUCGGUACUUCAAUAAUGUUUGUUUCACGUUUGAAUUUUUACUUGAUAGUAUUUAUUGCACCAGCAAUAUUGUGUUUACGAGAUGAUUACUACGACGAGUAUGAGAACUUCGAAGGACCAGAAGAUACAAACGUAACAAAAAGCUCUCUCAGAGAAACUGAUGUAGGUAAUCAAACAAAUAUCACUGAGUUUAAUGUACUAAACAGUGAAGACUCGGAAUAUGAAGACGAGGAUUAUAUCAUAUUUAAGAAAUAUAAAACAGAAUCAUAUACACCGAUAAAAUUAAAGUUAAUCACAACCGCGCCAAUCCCGACAAAAGUACAUAAAGUUACGACACCUAGGGCCAGAUCUACAAGCACAGAUAGGAGCAGAAUAGAUGACUACGACUAUGAGAGUGAUGUAUCGUCGAUGGGAUCUAAGCUUUCCAACGAUACAGAUAGCGACGAUCAUCAGCAUGAUAAUGAAGAUGAUUACAGCAAGGACAUUGAUUCCUGGGUCGUCCCAGAACAAGUCCCGUGCUGGGAUCUUCCCAUUCUCUAUGGCGAUAUGGAACCACGUAAACAUGAAGUUUUCUCUAUCCAUAUUGAAGAACUCCGUAAUGUCAAAUAUGAGAACCGGACCAAAAAAAGCUCCUCAAUCAGUCCUCAGCCAUUAAAAAAUUACGAUAAUCCUCAUAACAAAUGCAAAUGGUGCUUAAAAGCUCCAUGUUACGCAGACCAUACUCUAUGCUUUUUCGCUGACAACAAUUCCGUAUUUUGUGAUAGCCAAUAUAAAGUCAAAACACCUAACGUGUUAGAUCAAAUGGCGAUAGUUAACACUAUAAAUGCUAUGCGAAACCGUGUGGCUACCCGCCAGUCGAAGACAUACAAGCAUUUGCCAACUGCAGCGAAUAUGAAGCAACUGAUCUACAACUAUGAUCUGCAGAAAAUGGCUAAAACGUGGUUGAAACAGUGUCUCCCGGGGCCUGCCACGUGCUCGGCCUUUAACAACGAACUAGUUGGAGAGCUGGAGUGCACUAAAUAUGCCAAAUUUUGCUGUCUCAAUAAAGAGGAGGGUUGUAAGCCACUUCGGGAAUGUUUCGUGUCAGCCAUCAUCGGAUGCAUCCACGUGUGGUUCGAGAGUGCCGGCGCCAGUCUGACUGCCGAGCACAUCCGUUGCGGCCACAUCCACCGCAACACCUACCACACGGUGCAGCUGCUGUGGGCCGGCACCACCAACGUGGGAUGCGCGUUUGGGAAGUCCGUAAAUGGUGACGAGCGAGUCCUUUGCUACUUCUCUCCUAGUGCGCCCUUCAGGCUCACCGCGAAAUACUACUGCGGCAUCAUCCCACACCAUGACAUCAUUGAUCGCUUCGACAAUGUUCAUGACGUCACAAGCACCGACUUCGCAGCCAAGAUCGGCAUCAGUAUCAUCGACCAUUACGACACCGGAAACAAGACGCUGAAUCGACACCAAACAAUCAGCCACGUUACCAAUAACAUCGUUAUCAAGGAAGAAAAAUCACCCUUGUUUGGAGUCGACAGCAUCUUUAACAUUUACCAGCCGGGCUGGGCUCGUAACAGAGGCGACAAUUCCACUAAUAACACGUUUACUAAUGGUACAUUAGGUUAUAUAGCUCGGAUGGUGACGAAGUACAGGUUUAAAUCGGUGGUGUACCGGAAUUGCUCAGAGGGAGUGUACGAGGAGGGGGCUCCUGGGUCAUCGUGUAACAUGCGCGGGCGCCGAUUCUCAUCGCUAUGCUAUGAUUUUGGGGACCCCACGCCGGGUUAUAGGCUGGUGGCAAUAAUAGCACCUAUGGCUCUGUUUACUCUCAUACUAUAUGAUCUCUUCAAUGGGGUUGUGAGGCAGACUAACUCUUAUUAGUCGUAUUAUUAUCACCUAAAAUAUUAAUAGGUAUGUGUACUAAGUGAUAUAAAUGCAGAUUUAGGUAUAUAUUAACAUAAGUUUAGAAGACCUUUGUUUUAAUUUUAAAGCGGGAACUGUAGAAUAAUUAUUAAAUAUGAUUCACCAAAAAGUACUAAUAUUUUCCCUUUUUAACUCGUAUGUUUGCCAAUUAGAAUCUAGUUGUGAAUACGAAUGGUUUACACUAGCGAAGGUCGGUGGAACCUUGUCUGAUGCAUUGUUCAUGUUCAAGCUAUGUUAGUUUUUGCCGGAUACUGGACAUUCAGAUCAUGCCAUAGAAUGUUGGAUACUUAUGUCAAUCACUUACAGUGAUCGAGUAGGGAGAUGAUUCUUAUAAAAUUGUGAUGGCAAAUGGUUAUGUUAACAGCUGGUGAAAUUACUAUUUUUAAUUAUCUAUUUGUUAUUACAAUAACAUCACACGCGGUUACACCAACUAUUCCAAUAAAAGCGUAAGUGUUUUACCGCAGCAUACGUAGGUAUUUGUACUCUGGUUAUACAAUACUUUCAUACUCUUUUGGUAUCACUGGGAGGCAGGACAGACUUGAAGGAAUUUCUGCAUGAUUUAUGAAGUUUAGUUUGAGUAGUUGUCGUGUCGUGAUCCAGUUUUUAUGUUUCCUUCCCGUUGGAAAGCGGUUGUACUUACACCCGGAACAUUUUCGCUCCAUUAAAUUAACUUGUUAACUAUCAAUUAGCAGUUUCC